AUGCAAUAUGUUGGUACUUCGAGAAACUUGACAGCUCCUGCCCAUACCAUUCAUACGCAAUCAAGCGCUCAUAUUCGCGAUGCUGAGCAAGCAAACAAAUGCAUCCAUCCUAUGUUCACUCAAUUACAUGUCAACUCCCAAUACAAACAAGAUAUCAUGAUCAAAGAACCAAGACAAGAAUGCAUUUCGGGUGUUGUUCAUGAGGUAUUGGUGGAAGGUCGACAAAACACGAAUCUCAAAGAACUCCAGUUGGUAUUAUAA